UUUCGCUUCCCCUCCUUUGUUUGGAGCGGCAGCGGCGGUGUCUGAGUUGCUACACUCCGCGGAAGGCUGAGUCUGCGGCCCGGACAUCUCCCUCCUCUCCCCGCGCUCGGUUCUCGGUUCGGGUCGGUGUGUGUGCGGAGCGCGUGUCCUGAUGUCUGCCGGGCCGGAGUGCGGCUUCUCCAGCGAGGAGGUGCUGAACGUGCGCUUCCCCGUGCACAGAGCCUGCAGGGACGGGGACGUGGGCGCGCUGUGCUCGCUGCUCCAGCAGGUUAACCCGGCCGUGCUCAGCCUGGAGGACUCCUUCUACGGGUGGACCCCGUUACACUGGGCCGCGCACUUCGGAACGCUGGAGUGUGUGAUGCAGCUGGUACAGGUGGGUUGUGGGGUGAACUCCGUGACCUCUCGAUUUGCCCAAACACCAGCUCACAUCGCUGCCUUUGGUGGCCACCCACAGUGUCUGCUUUGGCUGCUUCAGGCUGGGGCUGACAUCAACAGACAGGAUUAUGUGGGAGAAACCCCCAUCCACAAGGCAGCUCGUGCUGGUAGCAUGGAGUGUAUUAACACUCUCCUGAUCCAGGGGGCGAAAGCUGACUUGAGGAACGCUAGUGGACUGACUGCAGCUGACCUAGCCCAUGCCCAGGGCUUCCAGGAGUGCGCCCAACUGUUAGCCAACGCACAGAACCAGCAGCUCAGCCAGCUUAACGGCUUUACCACCAAAAACUCUGUGCUCAACGGGGACCACCAGAUAAGGCAGGGGCGGAGCUUACUUAAUGGGGCACCCAGUAGAAAGAGGUCGCUUGAUUGCAUCGAGUCCAGUCACUUUAAAAAGGCCAGAACCAGUGAUCUGGACAUUCAGAUGAAAAUGAUGAAUGGGAUGAAUGGCUCUGGUGGAGAAGACCUGAUGGAGACCAUGCACAUGGAGUUCGGACCAGCUCUGAGCACCACAGGAUGCACUUUUAAUAUGCCUCAAGAGAGUGAAAACGGGAACACAGCCUCCAGGCCUGAAGCUGAGAAGGUGGUGGGCUUCUCCUUGCACUUUGGUAAACUUGCCAACGACAACGGUCUUCCCUGCAGCCACCGUAACGGCUACGGAGACGCGGUGGAGAACACAGAGGAUGUCAGCAGUCAGAUAGAGCACCGGAAGUCCAUCAGUGUUGAGCAGCAGUAUGAUUACGCUUUCCUCAGCACUGUGCAUCUCUUUCAUGGGUGUUAAAAUGCAGAGAGCACCAGUUUGAUACUAAAUGCCUUUAAUUCAUGAGGUGAUUAAUGAGUGCCCUACAAUACAAUGUAUGAAAAUAUUGCCAAUAAUCUUAAUUACAUAACUACAAGUUUUUAGUACUGUGGUCCUGCUGUAAGGAGCUUUAAUAUCAAUAUGAAUAUGAAUGAGCAAGCACACAUACUCCCUAACGACAAUAAGUUUAGGGUCAGAUUAAACUGCUUCACGUUUCUCUCUUCUCACAAGACCAUCUUCAUUUAUUCAGAGCACUUUGAUUCCGUCUGUUAUAGGCUCCCAUAAACUGCUGUUGUCUUCUGGAAGGACUUUAACGUAAACUGAAAGUAUGAAUCGGUGUGUUGUGAUUUUUCUUCCGUCCCAAUAAAACUACUUCACAAGA